AUGCUCGCCAUCGCCAUGUCUUGGGCACGCCUGCUCCCCGCUGUGGUUUUAUCCACGGAGCUGGCGUUCGGUGCCAGCCAGUGUGAGGGCUUCCCGAAGCUCUCUGGAACAUGGUUCCAAGGAACACAGGUCCGUGCGUCUAUCGAGCGUGAGGACAAGACUCCUCAAACAGUCAAUUUCACAGGAAACAGGAAUGUGACGAUUGAUCGGUUCGGCGCACUGUGGUAUGUGUUCACGCAGAGAUCUACCGACAAGAUCUUGCCCAAUGGUCGCAUGGAGUUUCAGGAGGACGGCCGUGUGGUUUACAUCUACCAAAUCCUCCGGCCAAAUCUCUGGGACAAGAACCCAGAUACGAUUGACGUUUUUGGACUCAACCGGGGUUAUGCCUGUGUCUUCCUUUCAGAGACCAAUCCGUCAGAGCUCGAAUGCACCGAUGUGCUUGUGUUCCAGGAUACACUUCGACUCAAGCUUCGGUUUGCCGGUGGAUGCACUCCCGUCGGCCUGCAGGGAUGGGCGGGAAUAUCCACGGACAACUUUGAUGUUGAGAUUGGUCUGGUAAAGCCGGUGCGGGUUGACUACUUGGAGCUUGAGAUGGUGCAGGAACCGGGGCCGGAGUUUGCCUAUGAUGAGAAUGCAGUGUCGGACCUUCUCCAAGGUGCAAGCUGGACAUCCUCUGCCGAUGCCACAGUUGAGGAGCACGUGGCCGGAGAGGACUGGGGUCGGCCCAACUGGAGAAGAAACUAUGGCAACUACCGUGGCUAUGGCAGGUAUAGCAACUAUGGCAACGUUCGUACCUCGACCAGCCCUGCAGCUACUACUGCAGCUUCUCCCGAAUCCAGCACAGUGCCAUCAUCGACGACCGUGACCACCUCUGAUGGCAACGUUCGUACCUCGACCAGCCCUGCAGCUACUACUGCAGCUUCUCCCGAUUCGAGCACAGUGCCAUCAUCGACGACCGUGACCACCUCUGCUGUCGCAGCCGACUGCGAGUGUCCAACGCUUCCCAGCUUCGUCCGGUUUCAAGGCGGGCUCGAAGACGUGUUUGCGGGCUCGAAAAACAUUUCCGGCGUUCACGAGAUUCGCCAGUUCCACGAGGAUGGGACUGAAGCAGCCAAUGGGAGGAUUUUGGCGAUCAUCACCACUGGGGAUCUCGACGAAGGGCUACCCACGCAACCGCAGCACAUGGUCUGCCUGUGUCUGCCAAAUUACCGCAUUCACUGUGUGAACCAGAUGACCAAUGCCUGGGCGCUGGGAACCUUUCAAGGUGUGGAAGAGAGCACAUGCACGGCCCAGGGCUUUCAGCUCGUGGGCCUUUUCCGGGAUAAGUUUCGGAGCAUGUUUGGGCCAGCCGUUGUGGAUCCGGUGGAAGCACCUGGGCUUGACUUGUUGCAGAGCCCGGAGCCUCCAUCUUCUCGCUUGCCACUGCUGAGCAACUUCGUUUGUGAGUGGACCGGUGUUUCGCGGGCGCAGCCGCGAUUGGGACAGAGUUCUUCUUUCCGGGGGGGCGGAUCCUACGACAUACUAUUUCGGGAAUACUAUGUGGAGGCCCAGAGGACAGAUCAGUUCAAAGUGCCAACAGAAGACGGUCGCUAUGUUGUUCUCCAGCCGCUGUCUGAUCAAAAGGUCUUAUGUGCGUUCGCCGACAGCCAUACCUUCAGCUGCAUCCAUGCAGUAAACUGCCUGUCAGUUCAUGGCACAGUGGAGGUUGCAGCGAAUUUCACGAUGCGAGGUCUGCAGUUCCUCGGAAACAGCGGUGGCUUCUGCUUGGGACAGCCUGUGCCCAUUGACUACGACCGUUUUCUGAGCGACGGGGAAUCGCUGCAGUGGAUGGGCAAAUGCACCCCGGAGCAGGAAGUGACGCAGUUCGAGUUCUGGGUUUGCACAUGCGCCGUGGACAACCCGGACACUCUGCUUAGGCCGUGUGAUUUGGAUUCGAUUCCGAUCGCUCGGAGCCAGGCGCUCUUCGUCAAGGAGUGCGAGGCAAUGAGUUCAAAUCCUGGAAGCUGCGCUCAGGAGUUUGCCGAUCUCGGGGAGUUCCAGGAGAGACCCGGGAACAGCUACUACGGACGGUUCUUUGUGCCCACGCAGGCCAACUGCGAGCUCUAUCGCGGUGUCAGAAACCGAUGGCAGAACGGCAGCGAUAACAGCGCCACCCCAGCCAGCAGCGCAGGAUUUUCAGUGUGCCCCUCAGUUCCAGAUGUGGCCAGAGACCUCAUCAUUUCCUUGCUGGUGUCGGAGCCCGGCGGCGAUCCGAGCGGAGUGGAGCUCUACGCCCUCCGCGACUUCCAGGACGAGACAGUGAGAAUCGUGAAGAACUUCGGGGCUUCCUUCGAGCUCAGCUUUAACUCUGUCACGAAGGGGAGCUUCUUCACGGUGGGCUUCGGGAAUGGGACCGCCUUUGAGGAGUUCUUCGGCUUUCAGCCCGACUUCUUGGCUCCUUUCUCCUUCGCCAUCGGCCGAGACAUCCUCCAAGUCCAGGGCGCGGGCUUCGGCGCGGAAAUCUGGCGGCCCGUGGACGCCAACAACACCGCUCUCUUUCAGGCCAACCAGGGCUUCGCGGCCCGCAAAGCCGAAGCCCCCCAGCCGUAUGCGCCGGGCUUCCAGCAAUGGAGCCUUGCUCGAAGCGUCGGCAGCACGGUGGCCGCCCCCUGGCGAAGCUUCUGCGGAACGCCGGCGCCAGAGAUCCCAUGCCCUGCAGUGCCGGACUGGACCGUGCCGGGCCUGAUCUUCUCUCUCGUCGUGUCAGACGCGACUGGCGCGGUCGCCCUUGAGCUCUUUGCCAUGGUCGAGCUCCGAGACCACGACCCAGUGCUAGUCAAAAUUGACGCUGAUGGCAAUUUUCAAUUUGCUCUCUUGGGUGAACCGAGGACCAUACCUCAAGGUACUUCCAUCACCAUUGCCUUCAGCACUUCUGACUCGCUCCAACUCAUCCCAGGGCAGAAGCCCGAUUUUCAGGUGGACUUCGACUUCAAUGCCGCCAAUGGCGACUCUUUGCUCCUCUACGAUUUUGUUUCCGGCGAAUACACGGACGCCUGGGUCUGGAGUUUGCAAGGCUUUGCAUCUCGUCGGCCCGGGCUCUUGCCGGAUGAUGCCCUCGACGUCUACUGGGGGAGGGCCGACGGAAUUGGACAGUACUUCGUUUCCAGCAAUCUGGCCUCCGUUCCCUGGGGCAGCUACUGUGUGACUCCACCAAUUCCCGCUUGUCCUCCAGCACCAAACGGCACGCUGCCGCAGACUUUCUCAACUACCGCCAAGAUCGUGCCAGGCCUCGUCUUCCUAAGCCCUACUAUAACCCCGGUCAUCCAGGAGCCUACCGAGAUCGUGCAGGGGGAUCCCAACCAGAGAUUCUCGGUUUUCGUUACCAACGAGAGCGGCGAAAUCUGCAACGGCUGCCUUGAGACCCUUCCGGCAUCGUCAAAGAACAUGGCAGCCGGCGACCGGGUGUGGCUCGUUUUUGGUGGUAACCCAAAUGCGACUUCUCUGAUCGACUUGACUUCUCCAAAGUUCCCUGACCCUCCACGUGGAUAUCUUCUGAAUUUUGCCUUCGAGGGCAAGAAAGGCCAGCGCCUGUACUUGUUCUCAACGGACGACGUCGAAGCAGUCAGAUGGGACAGGUGGGGCUUUCCCAAAACAAACCGAGGCGAAGGCGAAGAGUGGGUUUUUCAGGGCCACGCGGCUCGCAAGCCUGGGCUGGUGUCAGACUUUUAUGAAGGACUCACUCAGUGGAGCAUCACCCGAGAUGUUUAUGAUUUCCCACGUGUGCCCUGGGACACAUACUGUGUCGGCUAG